UGACUGCUUCCCGUUUGUUUUUAGGCGGGUUAAGUGAUAGAUUUUGUGGAGAUUUAUGUUCGUAACUAUCUCUGAAGUAAUUAUUUUAACGACAAUCAUAUUUAAGCUCGUUUGUGAAAAAAAUCAGUUGUAGCUUGUUGUUGGUUUUUUAAAAGACAAUUUUCCCCCUUUAUUAUAUUUUUAAGAUAGAGACGCGUUUUAGCCAGCUCUAAGAAUGAACUCGUAGCGCCUAGUAGCAAGCUCUGUGUUUACAAAAUCCUUUAAAACAUCAAUAGAGUUCAUUUAAUGAAACACUUUAUCUACUUUUAAAGAAAUGGAGCGGCCAUCUAGGAAUAAGAAAGCCAUCAGUUAUUCAGACUUCUUGGAUGAUGAUGAUGAUGAGGACUUUGCCACAGCCCCACCGAACAAAAAAGCUCGAGCUUCUGUUAAGGAAUGUCAGCAAGACAAGCCCAGGAAAAAUGAAACGAUUGAUUCAACAGCUAAAGCACGCAAGGAGAGAGUGUCUCUGGAUGAAAAACUGUAUGAGAGAGAUUUAGAAACUGCUCUCAUCCUGUCUCAGCUCCAGUCUGCAGGGACGUUUGGACAGCCACCUAGCAAUAGUCUAGAUGGAAAGUCAGAACGCUGUGAAGAUGUACCUCCAAUGCUGACACACUUCAGUGUUGAUGGCAGCUGCUUUGACGAUAAAAAGCCUUCAAGCCACGCUUCUGAAGAAUCGCCCCCUGUGCUGUCAAACUGUAGCGUGGACGUCACCUGCUUGGGAUUAGAUCAGAUCAGCAGCGAGCAGACGCCCUCAUCUGCCGUAUGCACUAAGAGAAAGCCCCAAAAAGCGACCGAGCAACAGCAGUGUGCUUCACAGGCCGUGAAGGAGAACAAAGAGGACGAAGACUACAGACCUCAGAACACACCCGAGAGUGACUCCGAGUUCAGUGACCUGGACGAGAGUGAGGAUGAAGAAUACACAGUGAAGAGGAAGCGAGAGAAAACGAAAAAGGCUAAGAGCGAGAGAAAGACAUCCCCCAAAGCUGCUAAGAAAGAGAAGAAGCAAACGAAACAGGCUAAAACCAAACCGGUGUCCAGAGGUAAAAACACAGCACUCGGCAGUCCAGGAGUCAGGAAUCCAGCUGCUGCUCAACCCCUCUCCGCACUGAACAGAACUCCCACCACUCCUCCUGUGUCUAAAUCUGCUCUCCAUACCAGUCCCGGCGAGGGCAGAAUGCCCAAGUGGACUCCUCCUGGUCUGCUAGGAAGGAGCCCUAGCUCAUGUCAGAGUCCUGCCAUGAAGUCGCCUGGACUUGGUCUACGAUUAGGACUGUCCCGCCUGGCUCGAGUAAAACCCCUGCAUCCCAAUGCAGAAGCACAUUAGAAACUGUAUGCUUUGUUUUUAAUUAAAUAAAUAAAUAAAUAAAUCCAUUAUAUUGAACAUGAUCUGUAUAGCUAAUGUCUUCUUUUUCUUUCUCACUGUCUUAACUUUUUUUUUUUAAUUGAAAAACAUCCAAUCGACAUACUUUGCUGUGUUUUAUUUGUCUUUGUGUAUUUGUUGUGUGGUGAGAAUUAAAGCUGUAAAUGAAACCCUUGUCACGUUUCAGUCGAGGUCUCUCAAUUUGUAGGCUGCACACUUGUUAAAAUGGGAGCUGGGAACUAAAAUACAUUUGAACCCUUCGAGCAAAAUGAAUGGAUUGCUCCAAAUUGAAUCAAAAGACUCGAAAGCUGGGUUUCACACAGAAUUCAGACGGUUGAAACACGCGGCACAAACUGACCACUUGAAUGAAAACGUAUUACUUUUUUUUUUUUUUUUUUUUUCGUGUUCUGUCUCUUACAGAAGUUAGAUUUUUGUUGAUUUAUAAAGACGUAAUUACUGUUAGGUUAAUUGGCUUGUUCACGCACAGUAGAAACGGCAUACAAAGACAUUCUAGACAAUUGUGUACAGGGCUUUUUCUAUCUACGCUCCUUCCCUUUGGAACUCUCGUCCUCUUGAACUUUGGGAAGCUCAGACCUUUGACAUUUUUAAAGCUCAACUCAAGACACACUUUUUUAAAGUUGCAUUUGAACAUGUCUACUUUUUAUUAUUGUUGUUAUUUUUUAUAAUUUUUUUUCCAUGUACUGCUUAUUUUGUGUACAGCGCUUUAAGAAGCUGCUUUUAAAGGCACUCAAUAAAAUAAAGUUUAUUAUUAUUA